AGGCGGCAAUGUUUUGUAACACUGAAUGAAAUGCAUGUGCAUCUUCAGAGACAGAGUAGCACAUCUCUCUGUUAAUUAAAACAGGGUAUUCAUUCUUUGAACACGGAAAGGAAGCUACAAUUUAGACUAUAAGCAUACACAUGUAGAAAUGGAUACAACUCAGAAUAAGUCUAAGGUAAAGCGAAAAUCAUCAGGGAACGAGGAAGAAAUUGCCAGCAAGAAGAGUAGAAAAAGCCUUUCAAGUCGUGAGGUUACAAAGGGGAAGAGUUCAGAAACACACAGAAGUGCACCUUCGAAUGAGAAGAAAGCACACGUUGAAAAAGUGAAGAAAGAUGCAACUGAUACAAGUCAAAAGAAACCAAAAGCCUCUCAAGCCUCCACUUCUAAAUCUAAAGACUCGGCCAAGGAGAAGAUGAAGGAUGGCUCCACGAAGACAGCUGCAGUGAAGAAAAAUGAGAAAGGACAGUUGGUGUUCAAAGACUUCCCAGAGUUCAGGCCCAACAUGACUCCCAAGGAAGUUUUGCAAGCAGGCAGCUUUGGGGGUACCUAUUUCAGACCCAUCUACUCAAGCGUAACAAAACAAAACUACAAAGAUGUCUGGAAGGAGCUUCCCGAAGACUGGCUAGAGGGUUUAAACAUUUCUAAGCAGGUGUCUUCACCAACAUACAGGAACGCUGUGAACACAUAUGACGUGAAGUGUGGAGGGAGUUUAGAGAUGUGGGAGAGCAGUGGCUGGAUCGUGGCUCAGGACCCCUAUGGCUGGUUUCAGUGGUACUGCAGGUUUUAUCAGGGUCGCCGCACAAAAGACGACGAGCGCCAGAUCAGCCGAUGGGCAAAGUGCGCCGGGGUGAAAGGACGCUGGAGGAGCAACCUCGUCACUAAAGUCGUGCGGUCGGGCUGUGGUUACGACAACCGCACUGUUUCCCCCGUGGUGAGACAGACUCUGCAGCACUGGGGCUAUCGACUCAGUCAGGAAGACUAUAAGGAGGGCGCAAAGAGAGUCAAACCCAAGUGACCCAUCGCUGGGGCAUAGGUGGUGGAGGGCUGAACAUGUUAACGCUGGUGGGAGUUUUGUGUUUAUGUAUUGUAUCUUUUGUUACUUUUUUAAAAAGUCACCGCACAUGUAGGUAUAUUAUGCAGUUGCUGAUGAGUGAGGGUCAUUUUACCUUGAUUUUAUGGAUAUGCUCCAAUUUCUGUCUUUAUUCUAUUAAACAUUUGUGUUUUAUAAUAUUUA